GUCUACGGCGACGGAAAAGUCGGCGCCUGUUAUCAAUAUUUUAUCCUGAAUUGCUGUUAUAAGGAGUAAUAUUCUGGAACACUGGUAUCAAUAAUAUAUUUGUGAACAAAUGGUCGCCUGAUUUAUCGGUGAACAUCAUUGAAGUUUGGUUUUCCACCGUUGUAAAAUAAAGCUACCGGUGACUUGCUGUAUCUUCGUAAUUUGUGUACGCUGUGUGCGGUUGUAGAGACAGUUAGAAAUAGCUUGAAGGAUCUUAUGCAAGAAGACACCAACCACUUGCAAGUGUCUUCUAAGAUUGAAACCAAAAUAGACUUUUAUAGAAUUGUAAAAAUAUGAGAGAAGAAGAGAUAGAAGUAGCGAUAAAAGUGGUUGUAGUUGGGAAUGGUGCAGUGGGUAAAUCCAGCAUGAUUCAAAGAUAUUGUAAAGGAAUAUUUACCAAAGAUUACAAGAAAACCAUUGGUGUUGAUUUCUUAGAAAGACAAAUUGAAAUUAGUGGAGAAGAAGUGAGGUUAAUGUUGUGGGAUACCGCCGGACAAGAAGAAUUUGAUGCCAUCACAAAGUCGUAUUACAGAGGUGCUCAAGCCUGUGUUUUAGCCUUUUCAACAGUAGAUCGUGCCUCUUUUGAUGCUGUAGAGAGUUGGAAGAAGAAAGUGGAAGACGAAGUUGGAAAUAUUCCUAUGGUUUUAGUACAGAAUAAAAUAGACUUGGUAGAUAAUGCCCUUAUAGACCAUGAAGAAGCAGAUGCAUUAGCCAAGAAAUUAAAACUUAGGUUUUACAGAACGUCGGUCAAAGAAGACUUAAAUGUGAAUGAUGUAUUUAGGUAUUUAUCUGAUAGGUACUUGGCAAGAAUACAGAAUUGUGAAGCAGAAGAGACACCAGUACAGCAAACACGGAUUGGAAGUAUAUUUGACACUGCCGGAACAACAGGAACAGUAAACAACACAAACAAACAUAUUGACACUGGUAGUACGAUACAACUCAAACCAACAAAACAAAGAACACAUGGCAAAAAAAGAAGCUUUUGUUUCAAACUCUGAAGAUUUCGUUACAAAGCAAAACGAAAAUACAAUUACAGAAAAAUUAUGCUUAAAAAUUUGUUCUCCACCCAAUUCACUGUUUUAUCAAUACAAUAACUUUUUGAGUGUUUUAGAGGGUUGUCAGCUGACUAUGCUACUUAUAUUAGUCGUUAUAUGUAAUGUACACGAAAGUCAGAAUAAUUUGGAUUCCGUCCCAAAAUAUUUUACUCAUAUCUGCAACUGCAAAACAUUAAUCCAUAUAUAUUAGUUAUAUAGCAAAUAUAUCACAUUUUUAUAAAUAUUGAAACCAGUCCUCUCAGUGGUGUCUUAAAUAGUGAAAUGAAUCAAGAUAGAAUUUGUUUGGGUGAAACCAAUUAUUUGGAAAUAUUGGGGUUGACAGUGUGCUAAGGAAAGUUGAUGGGAUCUCUACUCUCUGUUGUUGAUACUCUGGUAACUCUUGAGAUAUUUUAUAAAUUUUCUUGCGUGUUUGAUAAUAUUAUGACAGCAGUUUUUUGAAUCUAUAUUCACUUCACUGCCAGGCUGCUUUUUGCCACAGGGUGGAAGAGUUAUGAUGGAGUCCUGGAGGAUUUGAUAAUGUUACCUAGUGACAUGACCCUUUACAUAGUGAUAACUUUAUUCUUUUUAAUUUAAUGAAAUAUUUUGUA